AUGCCGCGAUCACAAAACUCAAACCCUCCUCUCCUCUCCUCUUCUCGUAUGCCGGCCACCCUCCGCGCCAUCCUCGCGGCCCCGAGCCCUCUCCCAGCGCGCGCGCUCCCCGCAGCCCAGGCCCUCCUCCUCACCUCGGGCCUCGCCGCGGACGCCGCCGUCCUCGCGCAUUUCGCCAGGCACUUCGCCUCCGCGACGCGCGCGCCCGCGGACGCCGUCAAGGCGCUGCUCCGCCUCCGCCCGCGCCCGCUCUGCGCGCACCCGUUCAACGCCCUCAUCUCCCACCUCACCCUCUCCGGCGAUCCCUCCGCCGCGUUCCGUGUCUUCGCGGUCCUCGCCGCUGGAGGCGACGCCGGGCGUCCAGACGGGUACACGCUCCCGGCCGCGCUCAAGGCGUGCGCGCGGCUCGGCGGCGGCCUCCGCGAGGGCCGCCAGGCGCACGCGGUCGCGGCCAGGGGCGGGUUCCUGGGGCGCCUCCCCGUCCGCAACGCGCUGGUCACGCUGUACGGCGCGUGCGGCGUGUGCGGCGACGCCAGGAGGGUGUUCGACGAAAUGGCGGGGCGGGACGUCGUGUCCUGGACCGCGCUGGUGUCCGCGUUCGUCAGGGGAGGGAGGUUCGCCGAGGCACUGGCGGUGUUUGGCGAGAUGGACGUUGCGCCGAACGAGGGGACAUUGGCUAGCACGCUGGUCGCCUGCGGGAGGCUGGGGGCUGUGCACGCUGGGAAGGCUGUGCACGGGCGGUGUCUUAAGAGGGAGAGGGAGCUGGAACUCAUCGUUGGGAAUGCCUUGCUAGAUAUGUAUGUCAAGUGCGAGAAGUUGGAUCUUGCAAGACGGGUGUUCGACAGGCUCUUGGUGAGGGACAUUGUUUCUUGGACGGUCAUGAUAAGUGGUUUGGUGCACUGCAGGCUUCCGAGCGAGGCAUUAGAGCUGUUCAAUGGGAUGCAGACAUCAGGGGUGAAGCCAGAUAAGGUUGUUCUCUCCACUGUCCUCUCAGCUUGUGCGAGCCUAGGCGCGCUGGAGUCUGGGAGGUGGGUGCAUGAAUACAUAGAGCGUAAAGGCAUCGAGUGGGAUGUGCAUGUGGGGACGUCAUUGGUUGAUAUGUACGCAAAGUGUGGGUGCUUGGAAACUUCUCUUUCAAUCUUCCAUAAGAUGCCUGUGAAGAAUGUAUCAUCUUGGAAUGCGCUGAUCAAUGGGUUCACAUUGCAUGGUCAUGGUAGGGAAGCUCUUGUGUACUUUGACAGGAUGGUGACUUCAGGCUUGCCCCCCAAUGAAGUCACCUUUAUAAUCGUCCUUGGUGCUUGCUGCCACACAGGUUUGGUGCAACAAGGCCUCGGGUUGUUUAAUUUGAUGAAAAAUUCGUACAAGCUCUCGCCAUGGGAAGAGCAUUACGGUUGCAUGGUUGAUCUUCUUGGCAGAGCUGGGCUCAUCCAGGAAGCAUAUGGUUUAGUUAAGGUCAUGCCUAUGACGCCUGCUGUGUCCACGUGGGGAGCCCUGCUGAGUGCAUGCCAAGCUCAUGGGCGUGUAGAGUUUUCACAGCAGAUUCUAAGGCAUGUCCAUGAGCUGGAGUCCUCUGGGAGUGGGGUUUAUGUACUCCUCUCAAAUUUGUAUGCUCUGAAUGAUAGAUGGACUGAUGUAAAGAGGGUGAGAGGCCUGUUGAGUGCAAAAGGCUUGUGGAAGGAGCCAGGGUCCAGUUUGAUUGAGGUGAAUGGUAAGACCAGUGAAUUUGUAGUUGGACAGACGGACCAUCAAGAUAUGGAUGCGAUAUGUGCAAUGCUUCUUAUGCUAACGAGGCAAAUACAUUUGGAUGGGCUGUAAUUCUUCAGGCAGAUUCUCAGUUUUCGUUGGAGAUUUGAUCUUAUGCAUUCAGAAAAUAUCUACUAAUUUAGUUGGUCCUAGGGACUGGAUAUCAACUUUAGGUAGUCAUUGCACAUUGUUAGCAUCAUGUGGCUACACCUAUUUCUGUGGGUGAAUGGUGAUCAAAUCUAACCUUGGAAGGGUUACUGCACAUUUAUAUUUCAUUGUUUAUUGCUCUUGUGCUUAUGCAGCUUUUCUGGUGUUAAAAAUCUGAACAGCCAAGUGGAGUACAAAGUUAGCCAGACAUGAUUAACAAUGAAUAUCAACCAUUGUUGGGUGCCUCUUGGAGUAUCUUGCCACUCUUCAGUUCUUGAACAUGAUUGAUGGUAAAUUUCAGCAUCAGAACUCCUGGAUUGGAGGAAUGGACUCUGACCCUUACAAGGCACUGGCACAAACCCGGACUAAUUUGUAAUCAUUUUAUACAAGGUGAGGCAAAAAGUUGCUGAACCUUUUACAUCAGAUUGAGUUGAGACUGGUAGAGUUUCUACCCUGCACAUAACUGCGCCAAGAGCUAUGCAGAAUAUACCAGCCUUGUAAACAUGCCUGUUAUUAGUCUCUGAAGUUAUCCUGAAGCCUAGGAGGUGAAGUGUUCUGAAGGAGCAUGAGACAUCAUUAGUUCUUUGUUCUCCUAUCUUUCACUCAACUUGUUAGUUGAUGAAGGGCAUCUGCUUUUUAACAUGACAGGGACAGUUGUUGGAUAUGUCAUAAUUAUAUAUUCCUCAUUAAAGAAGAAGAUAAAGUGUUGUUCAAGAACACUGCUGCCACAGGGGGUCCAAGAGCAUAAAGUGCGGAGAAGUCUCUUGUAUUGAAAUUUGGUCUCCAUCCUGGUGCAUAUAUUGUUUGCCGGACGGAUUGGCGGAA